GGCACGUUAAGGCCACUUUUUUCGUAAUUGGCAGUUACGCGCUGGAAAAUGAAGACAUUUUGAGAGAGAUGGUUGAACAGGGUCACGAGCUCGGCAACCACACCAUGCGCGACAUCGCUUCGGUCAAACUGGAUGCGCCCUCUCUUUUGGCCGAAAUCAGAGAAACAGACCGGAUUAUCAGCCGCGCCUACGAAAUGGCUCGCAGGCCCAGACCGAGCGCCAAAUGGUUCCGCCCGGGGUCCGGGUUCUACAAUAAGACGGUCUCUACCAUCUGUGCCAAGGAAGAAUAUCGAAUUGUCCUCGGGAGCUGCCAUCCCUUCGACGCGCAGAUCGCGUCUGCGUGGUGGAACAGUAGGCAUAUUUUGUGCACGGUUUCUCCGGGGGACAUCGUCAUCGUCCACGACCGUCCGAGUACGCCGGCGCUACUGGAGAGCGUCCUGCCCAGGCUGAAGGACGCCGGGUACCAGUUCUGGACGCUGUCCGAGUUGUCGAACGUCUGACGUCUAGGGCGGACGGGAAAAAAAAUCACUUUUUUUUUUUUGUGUGUUGCAGAGCGGCGCGCCCCACUUUGUCUCCUCGUGUUCUGAUGAGGAGGGGCUUUCUCUGGCAUUUUGGAACCAGGGACUCUCAAAGGCAGACCCGUUUUUGCAGUGAACCGCUUCGUGGCGGUCGUUUUUUAGAGCGCCGCAUGUCCGGGUCGAAGAGGUCUCCGCCCGUGGCGGAGAGGGUUGAACGCACGGUGACGGUGCACGGUCGAGUGCUGAGCGAUCCCUACUUUUGGAUGAGUGACAGGUCUAGCGAGAAGGUGAGGGCGUACAUUGAGGAGGAGCGGGCCUACCAGGAGGAUGUGAUGGGUGACACGAAGUCCCUGCAGAAGCAGAUUUACGAUGAGCUCUUGGGUAGGAUGAAGGAGGACGACUCGACGGUCCCGUACAAGCAUGGGCCUUGGUACUACUAUAGGGCGAACAAGAAGGGACAGCCGUAUUCAAUUUAUUGUCGGAGGAGCGACGCCAGCGUGACGUUCGAAGAGAAGGACGUCGUGUUGGACUUGAACGAGUUGUCGGUUGGGCGCGAGUACGUGAGUCUUGGCAUUUAUCGGGUGAGUCCGUGUCACAGAGUGCUGGCCUACUCGAUGGACUACAUUGGGAAUGAGAGGUUUUUGGUGAGCUUCAAGGACAUGGAGACGAUGCGUCAUUUGGACGACAAAUUGCCUGAGACCUAUUACAGUUUGGAGUGGAACAAAGACGGUCGGUCGGUGUACUACACGACGCUGGAUGAGUCGAAUCGUCCAUAUCGUCUGUGGAGGCACGUGAUGGGCACGAGCGCGAGCGAGGAUGCGUUGCUGUACGAAGAGGAGGACAGCAAGUUUAUGCUGGACUUGGAGAAGACGCGAGACGGGAAGUGGCUGAUUUUGAACGUCAAUUCGGUUUUGACGUCGGAGUGUUUAUUGUUGGACCUGGAGCGACCGGAAUCUGAGUUCGUGGUGUUUUAUCCUCGUGAGUUUGGGGUGGACUAUUCCGUGGACCAUCAGAAUGGUCGUUUUUUGAUUUUGACGGACGAGGGCGGCGCGAGGAAUUACAAGUUGAUGAGCGUGUUGGUUGCCGAUUGGACGCCGUCAUCAAAGCAGAACUGGGUGGAGGUGAUCCCCCAUCGGCCGGAGGUUUUCCUGAAGUCCAUUGAUUGUUUCAAGAAUCACUUGGUGGUGUGGGAGCGGGAGGGAGGUUUCAAGACGCUUCGCGUUCAGGACCUGCGAACUGGAGAGUUUCGCCGGGUUUGCUUUCCGGACGCGGUGUAUACGAUUGGGUCGUCUGCGAACUACGAAUACGACACAGAUUUACUGCGUGUGGUCUACUCGAGUUUGUGCGUGCCCAAGACCGUGUUGGAUUACAACAUGGAUACGCUGUCGUGCGAGGUGAAGAAGGAGGAGGUGGUCCCGAACUACGACAAGACGCAGUAUGCUAUUUCGAGAGACUACGCCGAGUCGUCGUCGCCGGACGGGCAGACCGUGCGCGUGCCCAUUUCCAUGGUUUACAGAAAGGACCUGAAGCUCGAUGGAAACAACCCGACGCUUUUGUAUGGGUACGGUUCGUACGGUAUUUGCAUUGAGCCGGGGUUUUCUUCCAAAUGCUUCUCCCUCGUCGACCGCGGGUACGUGUACGCGAUAGCCCAUAUUCGCGGUGGCGGCGAGAUGGGUCGACAUUGGCACGACAGCGGUAAGCUGUUUGAGAAGAAAAACACAUUUGUUGAUUUUGUAGCCGUUGCGAAGCACUUAAUUGCGCGUCAAAUUACCUCUGCGGACCGUCUCGCGAUUCUUGGCGGGAGUGCGGGUGGUUUGUUGAUAGGCGCCGUGCUGAACACGCACGCCUCGCUCUUCAGGGUGGCGGUUGCGAAGGUGCCGUUUGUUGACUGCCUGAACACGAUGCUGGACGCUUCGAUUCCCCUGACAACGAACGAGUACGAGGAGUGGGGAAAUCCGCUGGAGGAUCCGCGCGCCUUUGACUACAUUCGUUCCUACGCGCCGUAUGAGAACGUGCGGCGUGGCGACUACCCGGCGACGCUGGUUCAGGCGGGGUUCAGUGAUUCUCGAGUGGCGUACUGGGAGCCGCUGAAGUGGGUGGCCAUGCUUCGGUACAACAAGUCCAAUCCGGUGACGCCUUUGGUUUUGGACAUGAAGAUGGACCACGGACACAUGGGGGCGAGUGACAGGUACAGGGCGUUGGAGGAGGACGCCUAUGUGUAUGCGUUCAUACUUUGGCAGGUGGGUGGUGGAUGAGGUGGGGGGGGGAGUGGGUGUAGCAGGGCGCAUGAGAUGGCCUGUCAAGAUAUGCCUGUCAAAAAAAAAAAAAAAAAAAAAAAGAGAGGGCGUCGUGGAGAGGGAGAGUGAGGAGCAAGUUUUCCUUCAAGGUGUUGGAGGUACAGGCAAUAAACGUGUGUUGUUGAUCUUUCAUACGUAAAAGAAAAAAAAAAAAAAAAAAAAGUAGUCU